AUGGUCAAAGCCGUCGCUGUCGUCCGUGGUGACUCCAAGGUCACCGGAACCGUCACCUUUGAACAGGAAUCCGAGUCUUCCCCUACCGUCAUCUCGUGGGACGUCACCGGCCACGACCCCAACGCCAAGCGUGGCUUCCACAUCCACACCUUCGGUGACAACACCAACGGCUGCACGUCUGCCGGCCCUCACUUCAACCCCCACAACAAGACUCACGGUGACCGAACUGACGACACUCGCCACGUUGGUGACUUGGGCAACGUCGUUACUGAUGCUCAGGGCAAUGCCAAGGGAUCCAUCCAGGACUCGCUUGUUAAGCUGAUUGGUCCCGAGAGCGUCAUCGGCCGAACUGUCGUUUUCCACGCCGGUACCGACGAUCUUGGCAAGGGAGGUAACGAGGAGUCCCUCAAGACUGGUAACGCCGGUCCCCGACCCGCCUGCGGUGUUAUUGGCAUCUCCAGCUAA